ACAUCUCCGGCAGCUUCUCCACGAUGGCCCAAUCCCAAGCUCAGGCGACGACGCAGGUCGUAGCCAACCUCCAAGCAGAAGUCAAUCGUCUCAAGCAUGAACUCGAGACGAUGCAGGUCGCUGACCAGAUUCCCUCUGCGGGCCAAACUUGCACGAUCGCGGAUUAUCUCCUCGAACGACUCGUGCAGCUCAAGGUCACGGACAUCUUUGGAGUGCCUGGAGACUUUAAUCUCGGCUUCCUGGACUACAUCGAAUCGCACCCCAAGCUCGAAUGGGCAGGAAAUUGCAAUGAAUUGAACGCGGCGUAUGCGGCCGAUGGCUACGCCCGAGUGAAGGAAGGCAGCCUCGGCGUGGUCGUCACAACCUUCGGCGUCGGCGAGCUCAGCGCGACCAACGGUAUCGCAGGUGCUUUCUCAGAACGCGUUCCCGUCCUCCAUAUUGCUGGUGUCCCUAGCACUGCGCAGCAGAAGAACAAGCCCAUGCUUCACCACACUCUCGGCGACGGCCGCUUCGACGCGUAUCACCAGGCCGCUCAGCAGUUCGUCAUCUCGCAUGCCUCGCUCCAAGACAAGUCCACCGCUGCUGCUGAGAUUGACCGCCUCCUCACAGAAUGUGUCACCCUGGCACGCCCGGUGUAUCUCAUGCUCCCAACCGAUCUCGUUCACGAGCGGAUCCCGACAAAGCGCCUCCAGACCCCGCUCAAUAUUGAGCCGCCACAGAACGAUCCCGAGAUCGAGAGCUUCGUGCUUAACGAGAUUAUCAAGCUCAUCGAAGAGGCAGAACGUGAUGUCGUCAUCCUCGUCGAUGCCUGUGCGAUCAGGCACAACGUAAAGAAGGAAGUCUUCGAAUUCGCUGAGAGGACACAUUUCCCCGUUUACUCUACCCCAAUGGGCAAGACUGCGAUUCCUGAGGACUACGAACGCUAUGGUGGUAUAUAUGUCGGAACGAUCAGUCGACCAGAAGUCAAGGCGAAGGUCGAGAGCGCAAAGCUUCUCAUUUCCGUUGGCGGUCUGAAGAGCGAUUUCAACACCGGUAACUUCACAUACGAAAUCCCGACUACCCGGACGGUUGAGCUUCAUUCUGAUCACACUCGCAUCCGCUUCGCCGCAUACCACGGCAUCGGUAUGAAGCGCCUGCUGCCCAAGCUUACGCACCGCAUGCAGCCCUUCAGAGAAGAUGCCAAGGCGAUUGAGGUCCCCAAGUUUACGCUCCCCGUGCCGCAAGAGAAUAAUGACACGAUCUCACACCUCUGGCUCUGGCCACGCGUCGGACAGUUCUUCAGGAAGGGUGACGUCAUUGUGGCUGAGACUGGCACGUCCAGCUUUGGUAUCCUUGACGUGCCCUUGCCUGGCGGCUCAGUCUUCGUGUCGCAGAUCCUCUGGGGCAGCAUCGGGUGGACCGUCGGCAGCACGCUGGGCGCCGCCAUCGCCGCGCGCGAAAUAGGCCUUUCCCGAGUCAUUCUCUUCAUUGGCGACGGCAGCAUCCAACUGACGGUGCAGGAGCUCUCGGCCAUGAUACGCUCUGGCGUCAAGCCUAUCAUCUUCCUGCUCAACAACAGCGGGUACACCAUCGAGCGAUACCUGCAUGGCGAGAAAGCGCGCUACAAUGACGUCGCUAACUGGAAAUGGACGAAGCUGCUCGAGACCAUGGGCGGCGUCGAGGGCGAGACCUGCCAGUCUUACACCGUGAAGACCAAGGACGAGCUCUCGCAGCUGCUCGACAACGCCGAGUUUGCCAAGGCCGACAAGAUCCAGCUCGUCGAGAUGCUGAUGGAGAUGCACGAUGCUCCCCGUGCGCUCAAGGUCCAGGCCGAGCUCAGUGGCAAGGCGAACAAGUACGUCUCGAUGGGUGUCAAUACCGCGAACGACACCUUGUGACCCCGCCCCACAACGGGUGCUGCUGUGAAGUCGCAAAGUGUCAAGAAAAAUGUUUGAAGGAUAGAUUGUAGAGAUAAACCGGAACGGACUGAGAGAAAUCUUGUAUUGUUCCUCUGUACGAGUCCACAACGCAUUGUGGAAUGGCUGUAUCAUGUUUGUGUUGUACCAGAAUGUCAAUAGCAGUCAAGUACACGAAGCUGACAGGCUUGACAUUGUCAUACACUUC